AUGAAUGGGAGCCGCCGCCGCCACGACGUCACUGGCGCGGAAGCGGAGGUUGCUCCGCCCCUUCCCUUUCCCCGGCCUCGGUGGCUCACGGGGCUUGGAGACGUCAGAUUUGCAUGGCAGCCUCCCGGAAGCGCUGAAGUGAGGGAGGCAAAACAGUAGAGGCGGCCAGGUGAGCGAUCCGAAGGGCCAGGAUGGCCGCUGGGUACCAAUGGGGUGGCGCGCCCGGGAGGAGGGCAGGGGAAAAGAAGGGACGCGGAAACUGCAGCUUGAUGCAUUGCAGGGGACCUCUGGGAAACAGAGGACCCGGCUUUCCAGCAGUCUGAAAUAAACUAAUCAAAUAAAGCAUUUCAGGCUUUAAUUUGCCCCUGAUCUCUGCGCAAAGCCCAAACGAAGAGUCUUGUGGCAUCUUAAAAGAGCAGCACAUUUUCGCUUUCUUGGAGCACAGCUCAUUUCAUCAGACCAGACUUAUUAAGUGUGUGCAUGCAUAUGUAUGAGUGUGGCGUGGUGUGCAUCUAUCGGAUCCAGUGUAUUUUCAUUGAGAAGGAAAUCCCCAUAGGUUCACUGGGGCUUAUUACAUAGUAAAUAUGCAAUAGGACCCCAGCCUUCAACGGAUAUAUGCUGAACAUUGGCUGCAUGGGACUUCCUGAAACCCCCCCCCUCCCAAUGUUGCUCUGUGUGCUUUCACUUAUUAGGAUUUUUUUUUAAGCAGCUGAUGGAGCCAGAAGGAAAAUAUGAGCUCUCUCUUAAGAACAAUUGUUUUAUUAAUGAAAGUGGAACUGCAUUUGAGUAUGACUGACGGGCCAGAUGAGAAGCUUUCUUUGCUUUUACAAUAAUGAGCAACAAGGAAAAAAAAAGCUGUUCUGUCAAGGUUAUAAUGCAAGAUUUCAGGUGUGUAUGCACCUGAGAAGCAAACAGAAUUUUAGACAUACAGACCACACACUGUAUUCUAGCAUUGGUUUAGUAUUCCUUAACUAGUCUUCUAACAAGAAAAAGCAACACUUGGCUUGUAUGAAGUCAGCACUUCUAAACCCAGCGCCCCAGGUACUUCACAGAGUUCUCCGAAGUAGUGAACCUGCAAAAGGCAGGUUGUUCAGUGAAAAGCUUUAUGCCUCAAGCUAAAAUCCUGUGAACACCUGCCUAUUGAAACAUAUUGAACUUAGUGGGAUUUAUUUCUGAAGAAACAUGUAUGGUUGGACUGUAAGUUGCUUAUGUAGGCCAGAACGUGUCUUAAUGACAGAACUCUCUAAUGUACAGUCCUGGGGACCCAUUUCCUGAAUGCCUAUGUAGCUGCCAUAGUAACAGUUUCAUAAAUAAGCUAUUUUAUAUACUCUGGAUAUUUUGUGGAGAACUUAUUUUCCCAGGGGCUACUUAAAGACCCUCAGUGCACCCUGAAGGAAGGUGGAAGAGGAGAAGCUAUGAACAGAGAGCUCAUUUCACCAGCUCCUGAAGAUGCCACCAGAAAAAAAAUCUGCUUUUUGUGGCGCGUGUGUCUUUUAAACCUUAUUUCUGUUAUUACUCAUUUAUAGGCCUCCCUUCCACCCCAUUUAGUAUGUUACCUUUCAUUGCGGGUAUACAAAGGCAGUAGAUAGGUAGAUAAAUAAAUAAAAUACAGAAAUUAUAUUAGUGUGUAGGGCUAUUUUUAGCUACUAUUUAUUCUAUUCUAUUUGAUUGGUUAGAAUAGUAGAAUUGUAGUGUUGGAAGGGACCAUGAAGAUCAUCUAGUCCAACCCCAGCCACAAGGCAGGAAACCCCUAACAAUUAAGAACAUAAAUAAUCAAAGCAAAAUAUUGAUUAUUUUGGUUUUAUUAGUUAUAGUCUUGUUGAAAACAGCUUUGAUGGUUUUAAAUAAAAAAACAGGGUACACAAAUUAAACAGGUGCACUGCUAUUUUAGCUUAGUUAGCCUGUGUGGCAUAAAGGUUAGAGCUCUGGACUAAGACUGGAGAGAUCCAGGUUCAAGUCUCGCAAAACUCCCGGGGUGGUUGUGUGCCAGCCACUUCCUCAGCCUAACUUGCACCACAGGACAAAGAGCUGUAGUUCAAUGAUAGAGGAUGUGCCUGGCAUGCAGAAGACAUCAGGUUCAGCUGUAGGCCUGGAGGGAAAGUCCUGCCUAAACCUCUGAAGAGUCACUGCAAGUCAGUAAUGAGCUGGAUGACCCAAUCUUUUAACCAAGGCACCUUCCUUUGAGGGUGUUGCUUUUGUGGGGAGGCCCUUGUAAGUCAUCCUGAGCCCCUUGGAGGAAAGGCCUGAUAAAGAAAGAAAAUGUGUUCUUUGCAGCCAUUUAAAUGUGGUUAUGGUGUGAGAGCCCUGGGUGCAAAUUCUGCCCCUGAGAAAUGACUCAUUUCUUUUUUGAAGUUCUUCCUGCAGACAGAACGCCAGGUCAGCGCUUUUUGGUACAUGAGCAACUUCUUGUACUCCUGCCUGCCUCCAACAGCUCACAUGUGUGCACACGACUACAAUGUACUUUGUCCUCCUUGCAAGUGUUGCCGUCCACCGUUAUGUUUUCUAAUCUGUAGCCAUUCCAGAAUUAAAGUCUAAACUGAUUACAUAUGGCCUGGACCUUGCUGACAUUUAUCACAAUUUGGAUCCUUCCACCAACCUAGCAGUCUGAAAGCACGUCAAAGUGCAAGUAGAUAAAUAGGUACCGCUCUGGCGGGAAGGUAAACAGUGUUUCCGUGCACUGCUCUGGUUCGCCAGAAGCGGCUUAGUCAUGCUGGCCACAUGACCCGGAAGCUGUAUGCUGGCUCCCUUGGCCAAUGAAGCGAGAUGAAUGCUGCAACCCCAGAGUCGGCCACGACUGGACCUAAUGGUCAGGGGUCCCUUUACCUUUUUAUCAAGCUGUUCAGAGCAACAUAAAUGGAACCAUCUUGUGUAUCUUCAUAGCAGCUCUGUGAGGAAGGGGCGUCCCUCUUGGGAGUUCUACCUCCCUCAGAAGUUUGGGUAUGUGUGUGUGAUGGCCUGGGAGGGGGCAUCCUCUGUGGCAGCCCCUAAAUUGUGGAAUUCCUUUCCCACAGAGGUGUGCCUGGCUUCUUCGCUAUACAACUUUCAUUUCUUUACCCUGGCCUUUGACCCCUGACUUGUGUGAUUAAAGGGCCCACCCUAAUCCUCUGGUUGUAAUCUGUUUUGAGUUUCAAAUUGUAAAUUGUGGUAACCCACCCUGGAGCCUGCUGGAGUUUAAUGAUGAUUAUUAUUAUGAUAAAAAUCAUCAAGUUUCACACGACCUUGAGCCAGCUGACUGGUUUGAGCCCAGAUCUAAGUGUAGCCCUCUCCCCUCCACUAUGGCACAAUACUUUCUGUUCUGGUGUUGUGAACUGCAACUAGAACAAUCCUAUCGCUGCAAGGAUCACUGCUUGAGAUUAACCACUGUGGGAAGGGAAGGGUUAUUGUGGCAAAAAGUCUCUGUACCUUUGAAGUUUUGCCCUUUGCUUUGUCAGGCACUGCUGAGUCAAUGAAGAGCAAGGAAGGAGCUGAAUAGUGUUUGUGCUGUCCAAAGCUGGGGAACCCAGGAUUCCACGGAAGGACUAACCAGGACAGGUAUUUUUUUUGGGGGGGGGGCAUGUAUAGACUGUGGUUCUGUCCUUUAAACUGAGGCGGUAUUUUACACUGAUGAGAAAAUGUCAUUUAAUUCCAGCUUUGUUUGCCUUUGAAUACCACAGGGACAGAUGAUAGCAGGGAAAGAAUUAAAACUUACUCCUUGCCUAUAAUUUAGUGUUGUCAAAGUGAUGGAGGUAAAUGGCACCAUUGGGAAUCUAGUGAAAUUGGAUAAAUGACCACCCAAGGAAAAUGGAAGGGAGGAGAAAAAGAGCAGCCCCCCCUUUUGUUUUGCUAGAGUAGGACUGUGCCAAAGAUCUUAUGGACACACAGUUUGAAGGUCUGGUCUUCUCAAGUCAGGAAUGAGGCACACAACACAGAUAAAAUGAGAAUGAACAAGUUUCUUUUUUAAAACAAAACCAAAAUGUACUUAGCUCUCCAUGGAAAAAGUAAAAUUGUUACUGCUUGGUUCUCUAACGGUUUCUUUAUUUAGAAAAAAAGAGAGCAAAACAGCUUAAUAUUGUGAGAUACAUUCCCUUGAGUUCUGAAGGACUUGUUUCCUUACAACUGAUUUCUUUAAGAGGGAAGCUAAUAUAGGGAAACAUAAGUGAGGACUUGUGGAACUGGGCAGAUCUAAAGUGAGAGAGUGAUUUGCAGGCUGUGAGGAACCCUGUGAGGAAUCUAACUGUUUUAGAAAUAGAAACCUUCUAGUCCUCAUUGCUGUGGUUUUUGUUUGAUUGUUUUUUUUAAACUGUGGUAUUAAGGGGUUUUUUUUGGCAGUAGAAUUUUGUCUUGGCAAUAAGGAUAUAAGGAGCUGGUUUAGGACAGUAUGAAUAAUACAGUAUUGGCUAGACAGGCCACCAGAGGCUUUUCAGGAAGUUCUGAGACAGUGACCUGUCUCAUAAAGAUAUUUUACAGACAAGUGGGCUAGAGACUCAGGAAUAAACUAAAUGUGUGACAUGACACACACUGUUAAAAGCAGCUGGGGCGGGGGUGGGAAGAGGAAAGCAUUGGAUUGGGAAAACAGUGCUGGCAAGGCAGGGAAUUUUCCUGAUCAGAACUGCCUCAUCUAAAGCUAUUUGCCCUGUGGGAGACAACGUGCACACUCUCCUGGCAAUAUUUUCAUUACAGUGUUGGAGCGACAGUUUGCUCUUUCUUAAUUAUUAUUAGCUUUUGCACCACAGCUUUUCAAGGGACAGAAGUUUAGAUUGGAAAAGAUAUAUGUGUCUUUGGGGGGAGGGUUAACCCCUUUCCCUAGUCCUGCUUUCUGUCCAUUUCACCCCCCCGCAUGCAUCUACCGUAUUUUUCGCACCAUAACACUCAUUUUUUUCCUCCUAGAAAGUAAGGGGGAAUGUCUGUGCGUGUUAUGGAGCGAAUGCCUACGGAUGGCGGGGGGAUCUGCUGCAGUCGUGAGCAGAGGAUCCAUGGUUCUCCUUCCUUCCCUCCUCCGUGGCUCACUUUGAAACAGCAAAGCGGGAGAAGAGCCGCUGAGUGGGGAGGAGAGAGGGACAGAGAGCCUGCUUCUUUAAAGGAGCAAAGCGGGAGAGGAGAGGAGCCUUCUCCUCUUAUACCCCUCUUCUGCAUUAUUAACAGCAUCCUUCUCCACCCACCCCACGCGUGUUCCUUGUCCCUUGAGUGCUUUUCCUUCCCUCCCCACUUAAAACGUGGUUACAAAGCACGGAUCCACAUGGAUCCUCAGGAUUUUUGCACUGGGUCACCCCAAAUUCACCAUCAGAUCACAUAGCAUGUCCAUGGCUACAGCUUGCACCAAAAAAACCACGCACCCACUGUUGCCUGGGGCCGCAGUGGUGCAAAAACGUGGUUACAAAGCAUGGAUCCACAUGGAUCCUCAGGAUUUUUGCAUUGGGCUACCCCAAACUCACUGUCAGAUCACAUGUCUGUGGCCACAGCAUGAACCACAAAAACCAUACAUCCACUGUUUCGUUUAGAAUAUUUUUUUUCUUGUUUUCCUCCUCUAAAAACUAUGUGCAUGUUAUGGUCAGGUGCGUGUUAUGGUGCGAAAAAUAUGGAACUUUUACCUUUGGGAAAAACACAGGAGAUCUGAUUACAGGUCUCCCAAUGUCACAUGCAGUUUGGCUCUCAAAAGUGAACCACACUGGAGAAAUGCUUGUGACAUUUUUGAAGCGUUGCAACUGUGAAUGCAUUAGCACAGGAACUAGGUCCAGCCUCAUGGUACUUACACUUGAUUUUAAAUGGGAUACCUUUCCUCCCCAAAGCAGAUGUGCUUUAAAAAAUACCCACAAAAGUGGGCUAAUGAGAACAAAUUUGUUACUUGUGCGCACUCCUGAACUAUUUUUUUUUUAAAAAAGCUACUGUCAUGCAUUACAGUUGUUUCAGUUGUCAAGUUGUUUCAGACCUUGCUGUGUCAAGAUCACAGUUUUGGAGUAUGUCAUUGCCUUUUGAUCCCAAAUCCUCCUUUCUGGUUGGACAAUUGAAGUUAAAUGCCUUGGUCUGAUUUUUGCUUCACAAUUUCAGUUCAGUCACAUUUAUUGGCCACGUGCCGUACUCUUGCUGAGGGUUAGUUAGCAUGCAGCAAGCAUACCCCAUUUUUAAUACUGGGCUUUGGCUGCUGAAGGCCCUUUCUAUUUUAGUGGCUAAUCAAUGGCCAUGGAGAUGGUGGCCUGGUGACAUGCAGGCAAGGCCAUCUGUUAUUGAAUUUCUAUCGACAGAGGAGGCCGGUCCAUUAGGGCAAAUGAGACACUGCCUCAUCCAACAGUGUCCUCAGCAGUCCCACUUGCUUGCCUUCCUUAUUACAAGCAGUCCUCAAAAAGCAUAUUGUCCUCACCACAAAAAGAAUAUUGUGCAGUUGGAAAGAGUUAAGGAAAGGCAUCCAAAAUGAUCAAGCGACUCUCCUGUGGGGAAAGGAUGCGGCCUUUGUGACUACAGUGUGGUGUAGUGGUCAAGAGUGGUAGACUCGUAAUCUGGUGAACUGGGUUCGCGUCUCUGCUCCUCCACAUGCAGCUGCUGGGUGACCUUGGGCUAGUCACACUUCUCUGAAGUCUCUCAGCCCCACUCACCUCACAGAGUGUUUGUUGUGGGGGAGGAAGGGAAAGGAGAACGUUAGCCGCUUUGAGACUCCUUAGGGUAGUGAUAAAGUGGGAUAUCAAAUCCAAACUCUUCUUUUUCUACUACUUAGUUUAGAGAAAAGGCAGAGAGGAGGAGACAUGAUAGAUGUUCAUACAUUUAUACACGGCGCAGAGGAAGUGGAUAGAGAAAAGUUUCCCUCCCUCUCUCACAACGCUAGAACUUGCUGACAUCCAAUGAGGCCGAAUGUUGGAAGGUUCAGGACAGAUAAAAGAAAGCACUUUGCACAGUGCAUAGUUAACCUUUGCAACUCACUCUCCCCUCAGAGGCAGUGAUGGCCGCCAACUCAGAUAGCUUUAAAAGAGGACUGAACAGAUUCAUGGAGGAUAGGGCUACCAAUGGCUGCUAGGCCAUGAUGGCUAUGCUCUGGUUGGAAACUGUAGGAGGGGAGAGUGCUCUUGUGCUCAGAUCCUGCCUGUUGGCAUCUGGACGGCUACUGUGAGUAUAGGAGGCUGGACUAGAAGGACCAUUGGCCUGAUCCAGCAGGCUGUUCUUAUGCCAGCCCCUCCCCCUCAAUCGGCCUUUGUAGAACUCAGCAGGGGAAAAUUAGGGGGCAAAACUAGAAUUAGUUGGCUCUACUCGCCAUUUACUGAUGGCCUCUCUGUUUUCUGUCCUACGGAUCCCGAUGGGCACCAGCCAUUGUCGUCAAUCAGCAAUGGCUUCAUGUCCUCAUGCCAAGGCAAGCUGCAAGUUCCAAUAGAAUCCCCAUGGAGGGAUUCAGUAAAUUGGUGAUAUGGUAGUGGGCUACAGUGUGGUUGAUCUUAUUCCAAAAGAGCUCCAGUUUCUUUAAGUGGUGUAAAGAAAAACAAAUUUCCACUGGCACAGUUCCCCCCGCCCCCAUCACAAUGUUGGAAUAAAAAACAACCCUGCACUCACUGAACAUUGUUCCGCAGAAUAGCUCUUCCAAAGAUAGAAUCUUGGUCCCUUUUGGAAAAUGGUAACCCGCCCUGACCAGAUGGUAUGUUCCUAAUUAGAAGUAUGAUCUUGUAGCUUCUGUGUUGUGCUGAAUGAAUAUUAGUGACUCAGUAGCUGCUGAUUCAGGGCCAAUUCCAGUGUGAAGUUGCUUAUUGUAUAUGCCAGUUUCCCCUUUCCCCCGUUUCAGAUGUUAAUUGACAUAUCUGAAUGAGCAUCCACUGUUCUUUGUGAGUGCCAAAUUAAUAAUGUAGAUGUGAGCCCAGGUUAAUCUGCAGUUGGACCUGCAUGAUUUUGUAUAUCAAAUAUUCCACCAGCACUGGAAUAGUCCAAAAUAACCCCAGUCUUCUGGGUAUUGGAGUCAUUUGUGAAUGCACAAAUGGUGCCAAAAAGGGUUGUAUUCCUGAAUUGUAAUCUGGGAUAGGGAUGAUCAACGUGUGCUGCUUUCUGGGAUAACCGACCCAAGACUGUUUUGGCAUUAAGUGGCAUAUAAAUAAAUGAUAAUGAUAACUAGAAAGAAAGGGUUUUACACCUGCCAGAUCAUCUAUGAUGAGAGACAGGGUAUGAAUUUUAUAAAAAUUAAUAAAAAUAUAGACAUAUCUUCCAGUAAGAUGGUAGCUCUGGGUGAUCUGUGAUCUGUGACACAUGAAUUGCCCAAAGAAUAUUUUUAUGCUCGUCUUAUCUAAAUACACUUCCCCAACAAGCCAUGUUUCUUAUUUCUCUAUUUAUUUUGUUUAUAUCUUGCCUUUCCUUCACUGAACCACAGGGCAGUGCACAUGUUUCCUCCCUCCCCAUUUUAUCAUCGCAACAAUCCUGUAAAGGAGGUUCGGUUGAGAGAUAGUGGCUGAUCAAAGGUUCAUGGCUGGUCGGGGAUUUGAACUGCCAGUUCCCCACAUCGUAGCCCAAGAUACUAACCACUACACCACACUUACUUUGAUUUUGGGAAGGAGACAUGGAAAGUUGCAAGGGUAGGGCUGCCAGAUCCAAACUUGGAGAAAUGAAACGUUUUCUUUCCCUUGGGAAACGUGCUGCUGAGAAAGGAGGGAUUGUGGAACCUACUGACUAUCCUUGGCAGUAAAUUAUAAUACGAUGGCACAUAGGAAGCAGUGAGAAGCUCUAGGAACAUUCCCCACAACUGAGAGCAGCAGCAGCUUGUGAAUUGCUUCCUUCCUGUUCGAUGUCCUUGCCCUUCUCACAUGCCUCAGAGCAUCUGUUGUGCUUCGUUUCCUAAAGUUUCCCAUGCACAGUACUUCCUCCAAUCUGCCACUCAUGAGGCAUCCACUGCCAAGAGAUUCAUCAUUACAAAUGCAAGGUCCUGGAAGUUGGCCGAGUGCGGGUGGGGUCAAACUGUACUACAGUAAAGUUGCCUGUGGGAGAAGAAAGGGGGCGGGGAGGAGAAAGAGAGUUCACUUGCAGGUUCUGGUUGGAAACCAUGGAGUUUCUUUUACAUAUUUGAAAUAUUUAGGUAUGACAUCCACAGGACUCUCAGACUUUUUUUUUUUUAAAAAAAAUAUAUAAUUCCAAAUAGGAAUAUGGCUCCCAAGAAGACUACAGAGCUGCUUCAUCUGCUUCGACAAGCAAUGAGAAACUCUAAAUAUGUUCCAGAACCGAUCCAAGCCUACAUUGUACCCUCCGGAGAUGCACACCAGGUAUGGGAUUCAGCAGAAUUGUCUUCUCUCGGUAGAAUUCUUCCCUCCCCCGUGCUCCAAGAGCUUUAGCCAAGAGCUAAAGAUUAAGCUUCUUUAGCCAAGCGUGUUUAAUAUGUAGAGGUAUCCCUAUUCUAUGCCACCAUAUCCUAAACCUAUAUCAAGGUGAUGCACACAGUUCCAGUGUUCUUUUCUCACAGUGGGAAUGUUUAUGGUAGCCCACAAAUAGGCCGGGAACACAGUAAGAUUCCUGUCCCCCAGCAGCUACUAUCAUCCAUUUAUUAAUCACCUUCUGAACAGCCAUCUCAAGGCAAUUUGCAUAUGAGAUUAUUAAACACAAAAUCAGCAAAUACAUUUAAAACAAGACUGAAACCCUAGGAAAGCAGACACUCAUGGUUAAGACCCAUUUCUUUGACUGGGAACAAAAAAUAUCUUCUGUUGUUUCCGGAAGGUGCAGGUAGUGGGGCAAAAGGGGGGCAGCCACGUGGAAAGCCCUGCUCCAGGAUUAAUGGCUACUCCAUUGUCCACGUUUUAUGCUGUAUGCAGAGAACAGUGCCUCCAGCUGCCAGUGCGCAGUGUUCUUCAUCUAAUAAAGCAAGCAAGCCAAACACGCACACAGCUAUUCUGCUCUCAAGUUGCUGCAGGCAAGGGUUUUUUAUUUUUAUUUUUUUGCAGCUGCUACAGGUGCUUCUUUUCCUGCCUGAGCCUGCUUCUCUGUAGCUCUGGUUACACUUGUGAGACUUUUAAUAUGUUCCUGUGGAUCUUGGAAUAUGACCUGCAAGAUUCUUUAUUUCUUUGUGUCGCUUUAGGGAAUGCAGUAAUGCAAAGACCUCACAUUAUGCUUUUCCUGCUGGGCAAGUUUAUCAGGUUUGUUCUGUUCUGUUCAGAGAGCUGAAUGGACAGGAAGAAACCCACCCCUCCUUAUUUUGUAUCCACUUGAUUUGCUGCAUACCAUGACUUCAGCAAAACCAUGUCCCCCCAUUUACAUGGUUUAAAGCCUUGAUUCUCAGGACACAAGUACAUGCGUGCUGAAGUAGACAGAGUGACCAAGGAGUCCUGGGUUCAAAACCCCACUUGGUCACGAAACUCACUCGAAAGUUCUACAUUGGCUCCCAGUACGUUUACGAGCACAAUUCAGAGUGUUGGUGCUGACCUUUAAAGUCCUAAUUGGCCUUGGUCCAGUAUACCUGAAGGAGCGUCUCCACCCCCAUCGUUUUACCUGGACACUGAGAUCCAGCUCUGAAGGCCUUCUGGCGGUUCCCUCACUGCGAGAAGCCAAGUUACAGGGAACCAGGCAUAGGGCCUUCUUGGUAGUGGCACCCGCCCUGUGGAAUGCCCUCCCACCAGAUGUCAAAGAGAAGAACAGCUACCAGACUGAAGGCAGCCCUGUUUAGGGAAGCUUUUAAUGUUUAACAAACCACUGUAUUUUAAUACUUUGUUGGAAGCUGCCCAGAGUGGCUGGGGAAACCCAGCCAGAUGGGUGGGGUAUAAAUAACAAAUUAUUAUUAUUAUUAUAUUCACUGGGAAAUCUCGCAAUCUAUUAGUCUACCCUACCUCGCAGAGUUGUUGGGAGGAUAAAAGGGUGGGACUGGCAAUGCAUGGCUCCCUAAAACUUCUUAAAGGAAAGGUGGGAUAAAAACGUAAUAAUGAAUUAAGGGGUGGGGGGAGAAGAAGAAUGAACUGCCUGACUGAUUUUCUACCAGUGUUCCUCAGCAAGGCUUCACGUGGGGAUGGGGGUGGUGGUAGGGCUACCUACCAUUUCACAGCAUCAAAGUUAUCUUACGCAAAGUAAGCAUAUAUACUUAAUUUCAUAAAUUAUUUGUGGGGCUGGAUGGAAGCUGAUGGUGGUUAGCCGUACUAGCCUCGGUUGAAGGGUACCUGGCUAGGUUGAAGCAUGAUUAGCGUUGAUAAAAAUAUCACUGUAAAUCAGGAUUCAGGCCAACAAGAAAAUGGAAAAUAGGAAGAGUAGGAAGGAUGCAUUCCUUAGGCUGCCUCAGUUUGCAAACCACUGUUUGCAUGGAGCCAGUUUUGUGACUGCACUGGUCUGUGAACAUCAGAGCUGAAAAGCUACCUUUCUCUUAGUUUUAGAAAAAGUAGAUUCUGCCUUAGCAAAUUAAGUUCUGAAUUGCAUGGGAUACAUGCCGGCAGUGGAGACUUCUAGGCUUCUUUGCUUUGAGCUUAUAAUCAAGGCCAGAGCAGCUUGUUGUCAGUGGUUGAAAUUCUUAACGAGGAGAUUUUAGGCAGACACCCAUUUUUGAGUACUUCUCAUAAAAUCCAGUUAGAGGAUGCCAGUAAAAUAAAGCAAAGGUUACAGAUUUGAGGCAUAUCGUCUAUUACAGCUUCCAGGAUCAGAAGAUAUUGGGGGCGUUUCUUCCGCUUGUGUUGCCACAUCAAAGGCCUGACUUGUUUGGCUGGACAGUGGUGUGGUCAAGAAUGAAAUAAACAUGAGCGCUGGGAGAAAUGUCGGAGGAAAAAGUACUGCAGAUCUGAAGUAAACAAAUGAAGAAUAAACAUGGAGGUUUAAAUGUCUCAGCGGAAUAAUUAUAUGAAGGCAGCCUUCCCCAGCCUGGUGCCCACCAGAUGUCUGGGAUUCUCACCAGCUGUGCAGAGGAAGAGCUUGUUCAGAUUUUUCAGUAUUUCAUUGCAUCUGGAAGAGCACCUGAUAGCUAAUUCAGGGAGCUUGUUCUGCUGCUCUUGGUGCCUCUCUCUGCUGUUGUGCAUCAUUAGGCUCACUUUCCCCUUUUUCUUUUCACUAUUCAUUUCUAGAGUGAGUACAGUGCGCCUUGUGAUUGCCGAAGACAGUUCAUCUGCGGGUUUGAUGGCUCAGCAGGUAUGUUCCCAGAACUGUGCUUGACCCCGUCACAUUUGACAGUUCUUCAGCUUUGAAUGCCAAGCUCCUCCUCUGAGGUUCACGGGCCAGAACAUGAAUCUCUCCAACUUCCUCUAAAGCUAAAGUGCUGUAUGGUUGUUGCUGUUAUUUUACAUCCAGUCUGGAUAUGGCUCUUUAAUAAUCUCCGUGUAAUUUGCAAAAUGUCUUGAUACAUCCACCCACCCACCGCUUAAGACAGUCUCUAAGUGGUUUACAAAAUGCAUUCGAGAUGUAUAGAUAACCCAACAUUGAAACUGCAAAACUACAAUAUAAUACAAUGCAAUAAAACAAUAGCAUUCCUAAAAACAUCAACAUAGCAGCUCAUUUUGAAACACCAUUAGAGACAGCUCCAUUCUCUCUUCUUCCUUCCUCUUGCCAAAGCACAUCCUGACUCACGAUAUACAACACACAUAUACAACACUUGCGGGGUGAAUCGGGAGCAGUGAGAGGUGUGGCAUAGGGAUAUGGGGUGUGGUCUGAGGAGGGUUCCCAGAGCAAGACAGGGACACAGGCUUUAUGUUCUCUACCCCUGGUGUGUAGGAUUGCAGCCUUGAUCAUAGUGGCAUUUGUCGUAUAAAUUAAAAAUGAAAUGGGGAAGGUGAUGUCAGCGUCUGUUUCCUGACGCUUUUAUAUACUAGAGAGGAGUAGGGACUGGUCCAAACCUGACUGCUGUUGUGUGUAACUUUUUGAGGGGAAGAGGUCAGUCCCUACCAUGCAGCAGAAACCGUUCUCUCCACCACAUUUAAGGCAGACUUGGUAUAUAUUCCAUAUUACCUACUCUUGACAGAUAAGUCUAUAGCAGUGUGGCUGCUGAACUUUGGUAUAUGCGUAGGGGUGGGGUGGAGAGAGUUGGCUCAGCUCACUUCUGGAAAAACUGUAGUGCUUUGCAGUUUGCGUGCUGGCCUGAAAGAAAAACACGAAGGAAAAGUUUGACUUGUCCCUUCCCCUUUCAGCAUCCACACCAGCUGGAAUGGUGACGUAAUACCCGUGUAGUAAUGAGCUUUUGCCGACCCCCAGAUGACCCUUCAAUAAAGUGAAAAAUCCUGUUAACUGUUUCAUACAGUGAUCGCAGCUUGCCUUUCUUUUUCCCUCUGCGAAGCCAGUGGAAACAGAUUUGCUUGUAGUUUGGCAGAUUGGGGGAUUAAGCGGUAAACAGUGUUGGUUAGCCAAGUUCAAUCUUCUUAAAAAACAUUUUUUUUUCCUGCAUCUGAAAUCGCUGGGCAUUGAAAUUCGGCUAAUGGGCGGGAAAAGCCUUGUUUAUCUUUCAUAGGGACAGUGUGUUCUGUUUAGCAGCAUGUCCUGUGGUAACACGCAUUAAACUGCAGCUAUGAGAUCUAGGUUUCAUUGCAAGCAUUGUCAAGCCAGCCAUUCUGUGGGGUUUUGUUUACCCCUUACUGUAAAACAGCCAAGUCCAGGUGUCAGCAGCCUAACUAUGGUUUAUGUCCCAGGAAGUGAGUGUUUUAGCUCAGGCCUUCUCAAGGUAAACUCUACUGUUCUGGCCUGAAUUUCAGAUGCUUCGGAACAAACUUAAUUCAAGUUCGAUCGUUUUAUUUCCCUUCAUUUAUUCAACUGGCACCACUGGCCAUGUCUGUCUGUGUGUGUGUGUGUGUGUGUGUGUGUGUGUGUAAUAUAUGACCACCUCUCCCUUCUUCACUCUUUCACAGGAACCGCCAUAAUAACAGCACAAGAUGCUGCCAUGUGGACCGACGGACGCUACUUUCUCCAAGCUGCUGAGCAAAUGGAUACCAACUGGACACUCAUGAUGAUGGGUGUGUGAGAGCCCAAACUAGUGCUUUGCUUUAGGUCUCCUCCACGGUUCCUUUAGUUGUGCUUCUUAACCCAUUAACGCUCCCUUGUUCCUGUUGUUACAUGGAGAAAAGAACGUUUUCUUGAACAUGUUACAGGAGCAGGGCCUCUUGCUUUCCCUUCCUAGUAUAUCUGCCCAAAGUCAGCGGUUAUUUGCAGGCAGAAAGCAAGCAAAUCCUAGUUGUUAGGCUGUACCCUUCACCAAGUAUGAGUGUUCUCUGGAAAAUACAAUAGCAUUUCUUGUGUGAAUGGUAUAAAAGUGAGUUGCAGCUUCCUGUACCAACCCUAUGAUAAGCAUAUAAUGGAGUUUGCUUGAAUGCAGCCUGAGUGAUUGACAGCUGCUGAGCAAAGGCGAUAAAGGUGAUGUGACCUUGCCCCAUAGUGACCUCUUCAUUUUGUGUUAGGUCUGAUUACUUCCAGGCUCACUUGAAGGUGCAGCUGAGGGCCUGUGAAUUGUGCACCCAGCUUUCCAAAUGCCACAGUAAAGAGCCAUACUGUGCUUGCAGAAAGUCUGCAUUUAAUAUCUGGACAUGUAACUCAAAAUUAAGAAAACUUUUGUAAAUUUUUUUUUGCAUAAUUCUAGCUAUGGAAAUUGUACUGAAUUGCUGUUAUUUAUAUGGGCGUGUAGGGGGAAGAUUGAGGAACAGAAACUGUGUAAGAGAGGCUUGACAUUAAAAUAUUGCAACGUUCAGGGUACCCUGAACCACAGAGAUGGUUUCAGCUUCCCAAAUGGAGGCACUAAGACAAGGCAUCAGAAUUUCUGACUAGUCCAGCAUUUCUCAUUCUCUUCUCUUCUCUCCCCUUCACCAUUGGGCUUCCUGAACACACCAGUUCCUCCUUUAUUGCUGAACUUGCUGCCAGUACUUGCAACUUGUUGUUCCUCGGCCCAUCCCUUGGUUGCUUAGCAAAUGCAGUGCUUUCUGACCUUAGUGAGAACAAAGGCUGCUGAGGGAAGGGAGAUAGGAGAAGGAAAGAGCUCGCAUGGGCACCACUUCUCUUUUCAGUGGUACUCAAAUCAGUGGAGGCAGGCAGGGAAAGGAAGGGUGCUCUGUUUGGCUACCUCCCAGGUGCUUUGCUCUUGGGGCUAGCAGUAGCUAUAGCUGAAAGGAACCAUGCUUCAGUGUGAGGAGCGCAUGGUUUGCUUGCAGAAGGCUUCAGGUUCAAGGGUAUCGGUUGGCAGAAAUGGAAAAGUUCUGACAUCUCCUAGUUGGAGUAGGCAACACUGGUCCAUCUAGCCCAGGGUUCUGACUCAAUUGUUCUCUGAAGCUGAUUGCUCAUAUCAUUUCCCAAGGCAAAUAGUAGGGAACAAACGUGAGUUAUUAAAGGGGCAACAUUCUGGGCCACACUGCACUGUAUCACAGUGCUCCAAGUUCCAAGUCAUUAAUUUUGCUGGGUAUCUGCAGUGUUUUUAGGUGUAUGGAAAGGAAUCCAUAAAUGGGGUUUCUUUUGGGAGCAGAGGGCUUCUGUGAUAAAGGUUGGUAAGGGGUCAUGGUUUUGGAGUAUCUGUUCCUAGGGAUUUACACAUGGUUUGUUCCCCCAAAAUACUAUUGGGUAUUCCAGGCGUGGGGAAGUGGACCUGACCUGUGUACUGGGUCCUUAUCUCCCUCGCAGGGCAAGUUUGACAGGGGAGAGGGCACUUAGCCACCUGUCGGUAACCUGUGUUGCAAUUAUGUGCGCAGCACUUUGAAGUCCUGGCAAUUAGUCGACCGCUGCAACUUCAAAGAGUCUUGCACAGCUCUGUGCAAUCACAGCUCAUCAGCCGAUUGGCAAGGCUUUCAAAAAGCCACGGGUGGGGCUCUAUUGCCGUGUUUCCCAACUGGGUGCCAUAUGGCUCCCUGGGGGGUCCAGGAUAUUCCAAGGGGGCCACAGGUGAAAAUCACGUAAAUGUGGAGCCGCAGAAUGAGGUUAUGGGGCCACAGAGGGUAGUGAGAAGUGAAGAAAAGAAAUUGUUUUUUAGCCUUUAGCUGCCCAAGAAGGGUGUGGCUUGGCCAAAAUUGCAUUGCGGCCAAAUAGGGAGGCCUGGUGGGCUGGAAGUUCCCUACCGCUGGUGCUAAUUCCAUCUCUUGCACUGCAGUCUUACUUGGGGUUUGGGUAUGCAUUUCUGCACUUAAAUUUGGUUAUAAACCGCUGCGUUGAGGUUUACUGCUCCCUGUCUUGUGCUCAAGGUCUCCAUGCUUGUGUUCCUUUUCUUUAAACUUUGCAAUCUCUCUUGAAUUCUUUCUUGCCUUCAGGUCUGAAGAACACUCCUGCGCAGGAGGACUGGCUUGUGAGUGUUCUCCCCGAGGGUUCCAAAGUUGGAGUAGAUCCUUUCAUCAUUCCAGCAGGUUAGUUUGCCCUUAAAUGCCUUCUGAUUUGUGUAAAUGGUUAGAUUCUCCUGACCUGUGCUGCUUCACCUCACAGCAUCAAGGGGUUGGCUCUAACCAGGGUAGUUGAACUUGUCUUUAAACCCUUUCUCUGCAACAAGGUAGUUGGGGGUUGGGAGGCUGAUGUUUUUCCAAGAAAGCAGUGAGAUAUCCUGAUUAUUCAAGAAGGAGGUGGAUUGGUUGCCCUAUUCAGUUUCAGCUGCAAAUGAAUCUAGCAAACUUUUCAGUUGGGAAUUUGAAGAAGGUCACAGGAAUCUGUUCCCCCCAAAUCUGGUUAAUGGCAAUAUUUUUACUACUUUCCCUCUACAAUCCCACAGUGGUUUGUAAGCUAACCAUUCAUCUCCAGUUUCUUCUUCAAAACCAUAAGGUGUAAAAACUUUUGUUUCUUUAAAAAUGGAGAGCGAUAAAUUGUCAGAAAUGUGAUACGUUUCUGGUCCAAAGUUUUCUGAUGAAAGUCUAGGGUUUAGUUGACCCUAACAGGAGAAGUUCUCAUUCCCUAAUUCUCGUUGUAAUGUACAGAACAUACACACACAAUUUUGUUCAGUUUUUUUUAUUGAUUUUAUAUUUCAUGAAUGCAAAUGGUGAGGUUCUUAAUAAAAUACUUUUUAAGAAAUGCAGUGGAAAAACGAUUUUGUUACCAACCCAUGUGUUUAGAUGUGUACUGUAUCCCCCACCUUUCUGCUUACACAAUGUCGCUUCACAGGGAAAGCUAGCAGGCUGGGGAUCUCAACAGCAGCAUCCUUCUUACGUCGCUCUUUCUGUCAUCCUCAGAUCAAUGGAAGAGGAUGUCCAAAGUUCUGAAUAGUGCCGGCCAUACUCUUGUGCCUGUCAAGGACAACCUAAUUGAUGUCAUAUGGACAGAUCGACCACCACGGCCUUGCAAACCCUUGAUGACCCUAGGCCUGAACUACACAGGUUAGCGGGAUCCUAGUCACGUCCGUAAGAAUGUUGUUGAUAAUGAAAUGACAAUCUCGACAGGCUCCCCGUUGAAUUGCAUAUCGGGCAGAGGUACUGUGUAUGUGGAAAGGAUGAGGAAAGUCCGGCCGCAACCAUCAUUUAAUAUCCCUAAAAGCAUCUGAGAUGAAUUGGGCAUUGGACAUAAAUGGCACCUGUGUGUAGAUAAAAGAACUGCUUUGUUACAUUAACCCUAGAGAAUUUGGCCGGAUUAAGUUCUCGCUUUCAUUGCAUGAUGCAGGGAUCAGCUGGAAGGACAAGAUCACAGCCCUGCGGGGGAAAAUGGCUGAGAGGAAGGCUCUGUGGUUUGUGGUGACCGCCUUGGAUGAAGUGGCUUGUGAGUACAAGUAUCCUGUUUCCUUUAGCAUUGUUCAAUUCCAUGUUCAUUAUCUACUCAGAAAUCUCUACGCAGCUGGAAAUGAAAAACCCUGCAGCAUCCCCAGGGGUCAGUAGGACUGUGGGCCAGUUUGGACAAUAGAAGUCUGUCCCGGUGUCAUCUUUGGAACGUAGAGAUUUCAGUUGCUGGCUGCUCACUGGUCAAUGGCAAGGAACCUUGUGCCAUUUCCAGGAAGGCUGCUGCUGGGAUCAAUAUUACUAAUUACCGCGAAUGGUUGGAAAAACCACCUUGUGCUGCACUUGUGGGUAGCUGCUGCCUGCUUACAGUUUGCUACCACUUAGUUCCCAAAUACCCACCAAGCACAGCUGAGGAGCAGCCAGGAGCACAGUAAAGUGCAAAACAGGAGGUGGCAUGUUUGCCUAUUGGGAGGCAAUGGGGCCUGAAGGAUAACGCGUUGGAUUUGAUCUGGGGAAACUGCUUGGUAGGCUGUGGGCUUGUCUAGUGGCCUGCUUUCUGCAGGGCUUUGCUGCGCGAGUGAGUUCACAGUGGCAAACAUGCUUGCACACCCUCACCAAGCAGAGUUGAACUCCCUGCCCAUCAUCAGAAUGACUGCCGGGGCUGGUGGUGUAGCAAAAUGCUUGUGAUCUCCUCUCUGGGAGCCUGGCUUGGCUUAGAGUGAUAUGUGAGACCGGUCUCAGUCUCUAGAGACAGAUGUGAGUAAUUCCUGGAUUUUACAUUUUCAAUAAUGAGUGAGCCGCUGAACCAUUGGAUGUUCUUUUGUUUUUGUUUAUAAUCCCAGGUGUAACCCGCAACCUGCACAGCACCUUGAUUAUCUCUUCCUGCACUUGGUCACAAGACUGAAACCAAUGCAGACUUUAUGGUUUUAAUACCAGCCAUGUUCCCUCUCCACCAUCCCACUCCUCCUGCUUUGCUUCCCUCAUCCUCCAGCCUGAUAAAGCGAUCUGGAGACCUUGAAAGUUUGCUCACUAUUUUGUGGGUGGUCCUAAUAAAUACAGGGUCCCGCUGUGGAUUUUCUACUUUUUCCUUAUGGUCCAACUUGGCUUCCUUUGUACUUUGUCUUAUUUUCUUGUUACCAAAAGAUCUUCCUUGUGCGUUGUCUGGACUUCUAAUGCCAUCUUGUGGCAAAAGCCCCUUAUUGUUCAUUUAAGUGGUUGUGUUGCAUUUCACUAUGGAUGGUGCUUCCCCACUGCUUUCUUAAAAAAAUGAAAGUACAGUGGUACCUUGGGUUACAUACGUUUCAGGUUACAUAUGCUUCAGGUUACAGACUCCGCUAACCCAGAAAUAGUACCUCGGGUUAAGAACUUUGCUUCAGGAUGAGAACAGAAAUCGCACGGCGGCAGCAGGAGGCCCCAUUAGCUAAAGUGGUGCUUCAGGUUAAGAACAGUUUCAGGUUAAGAACGGACCUCCGGAACGAAUUAAGUACUUAACCCGAGGUUAAGAACAGUUUCAGGUUAAGAACGGAGCUCCGGAACGAAUUAAGUACUUAACCCGAGGUACCACUGUAAUGUUGAAUUUUAACCAGGUUUGUGACACCGUCUUCUCCGUCCUUAUUUUUUUAGGGCUCUUUAAUCUCAGAGGCUCAGAUGUUGAGUACAACCCGGUAUUUUUUGCUUACGCCAUCAUAGGAGCCAAUACAAUCAGGUAAUGGAAGCGGAGGCUUUCUCAUUUAUUUUGCUCACAUUUACUCUGAUGAUCAACAUGGGUAUAUAUUUUCCUUCAAGAAACUGAUUGGCUGAGUGGGCAGGGACAGCAGGCCUUUAAAAGCAAUAGGCUGCAGCCUGUGAAGGGGGAGGAAUGGCAGUGGUGCUCGCCUAGGGGUGGAACUGCACUCACUGGGAAAGAAAUAGGCAGCAGUGAAGUCUGGGGAACUUUGAGUAAGCAGCAGCCCCACAAGGCAGCUGUACCUGCAGAGACAUUACUGUCCAUCUAGAUCUCCCCUGACCUCGGUGCCACCUCACUCUGCUCCUUCCUAUGGUAGCACUACCAUAUGUUUUUCACCUAUAAGAAAGUCUGUGCCUAGAUUACCAGUACCCUGCUACUGAGACCUGGAGAGCCAGCCAGCGUGGUGUAGUGGUUAGAGUGUUGGACUAAGGCCUGGGAGACCGGGGUUCAAAUCCCCACUUGGCCAUGAAGGGUGACCUUGGGCCAGUCACUCAGGAUUGUUGUGGGGAUUGAAUGAGGAGGCGGAGAACCAUGUACGGCACCUUGAUCUCUUUGGCAAAAAGGUGAGAUGCAAAUGCAAUAAACAAAACGUCGUUCAGUCAUUCACUCUUUAUUUGAUUGUGUGUCCCGCAAGGCUCAGGCUGCUUUUCUCUCUCUCUCCAAUAUAUUCCUCUAGGUUGUUCAUUGACGGCGAUCGCAUGUCCGAUCCAGGCGUGAGAGAGCAUCUGUUGCUGGACUCUGCUCAGGACCCUGAGUUCAGCAUCCAAGUUCUGCCGUACGACUCCAUCCUGACCGUUCUGAAGUCCAUCUGUGACACCCUUUCUCCCCACGAGAAAGUUUGGCUCAGUGACAAAGCCAGCUAUGCCCUGACCCAGGCCAUCCCCAAGGUCCGUAGGCUUUGGCAAGGCAGCAAAUUCCUCUCACCCCCCCCCAGCUCAGGUCUGCCGCUAUGCACUUCCACUUGGGGCGGAUGCUUCCAAGCUUCCUUCCGUGUGGGGCUGUUGCAGGCCUCUUGUCCUCUGCUGCAAAGUGGCUUUGAAACCCAAGCCAAGCUCUCCAUGGGUUGCUUACAACCCCUGUGGCAGGAGGAAAUGACUAACUCAUUAAAAGAAUUUAUCUGAAAGAGUGUCAGAUUAGAAUAAGGCAGGGAUUUGGGGGAAAAAAAAUUGGCCCUGCAGCAAAAAAAACUACUUUUGUGGAUUGGGCUGGAAAACAUUCUAGUAGAGAGGAAUAAAGAGGUUUUGUUCUCAUCGUUUUGUUGGGGGACGACAACACAGCAGCCUCUUCCGGCUUUCUGUGGGGAGGCUGUGACAAGACGCAUCGUGAGACUUACUGUUAUCCCAUGUGAGGCAUUUUUCUUAUUCACCUGUAUGUAGAACAUGAAUAUAGAAACCUCCAUUAGCUAGAGCAGUGGUAGCUCUUGUGGUGCCUUCAGAUGGCGUUGGACUCCAACUCCCCUCAUCCCUGGCCAUUGGCCAUGGUGGUGGGGGCUCAUGGGAGUUGGAGUCCAACCACACGUAGAAGGCACUCCACUGGCUACCCUGGGCUGCAGGAGCAUGCCUUGUGUUUGAAAUGGGCUCUCCUUUUUCUUUUUCUUUUUGCUUCCUGUGCUGUGUUACAUGCCUAACACAGAGUGCAAGAAGAUUCUAAGGUACUUUUAGUUCAGUGUCACAUGUAUAUGGCAGUGUUUUGGCACAGUCCGCAAUGUUCUUUGAGACCAGACUUCGCUCUGCUUCCUGCUCAGCUCAUAAAGUGGCUUGCACAGAGCUGGAGACUUUUCAGAGAGAACUAUAUGCAGAGGUGUGUCUGCUUCAUGGAAUCAUAGAAUUGUAGAGGGACCUCACAGAUCAUCUAGUCCAGCCCUCUGCAAUGCAGGAAUCCUAUCUAAAUACGUAGAUCCAUGGAAUUGUAGCCCUCAGAUGGAACAUCUCCUGAAGGGCUUAGAACUGUCCGAGCAGAAUCGAGGGGAAAUGACUGGAAAAGGUGCAGGAAAGGGCAUGCAAAAUGAUCUGGUGGUCCCUUGUAAGGAAAGGCUACACUUUGCCUUUCAUGCAGACAGAAGAUGAUAAAGGAUGCUCUUGGCUUGCAUGCAUCCUUUCUGUCUGGUCCCUGAGGCUUGGAAGGACACGAAGAUGUAGCUAGCCCACUUCAGCUUAGUCUUAGUAGCCAGACAACUCCAGGGCCAGCAGGCAGUUUGGGCUCCUUGCCAAAUUGUAUCUUUUCUUUUUUCUUUAUGGUCUUAGGCUCACCGCUACCUCACCCCCUACACUCCCAUAUGCAUUGCAAAAGCUGUGAAGAAUGCAGCGGAGUCAGAAGGCAUGAGGAGAGCUCACGUAAGUGAUCUGCCCAGUUUAGUGGCUCUUUUCUGUUUCAGAGCUGCAAAUUAUUAAUUAUACUGAACUCUGCAAUAGUUUUUGCAGAGUGAAGUGCAGAAGUUUCUGCUUGGAAGUAGAAAUGUCAUCUUUUUGCUACUGCCUACUCAUAUAAUAUAAUAUAAUAUAAUAUAAUAUAAUAUAAUAGGACGCAGGUUAAACCACAGAGCCUAGGACUUGCCGAUCAGAAGGUCGGCGGUUCGAAUCCCUGCAACGGGGUGAGCUCCCGUUGCUCGGUCCCUGCUCCUGCCAACCUAGCAGUUCGAAAGCACGUCAUGUGCAAGUAGAUAAAUAGGUACCGCUCUGGCGGGAAGGUGAACGGUGUUUCCGUGCGCUGCUCUGGUUCGCCUGAAGCGGCUUAGUCAUGCUGGCCACAUGACCCGGAAGCUAUACGCCGGCUCCCUCGGCCAAUAAAGCAAGAUGAGCACUGCAACUCCAGAGUUGUCCGCGACUGGACCUAAUGGUCAGGGGUCCCUUUACCUUUUACUAAUAUAUUUCUUCCAUUAAAAUGUUUGGGGCCAAUUUUUCAGUGGGUUAUUCCAUACAGGUGUGUUUCAUUAAUCUGUUUACCUUGUUUUUUCUUCUCCUUUUAUUAACAGAUUAAGGAUGCUGUGGCCUUGUGUGAGUUAUUUAACUGGCUGGAGAAGGAGGUAUAGUUUUAAAGAUUUUUACUGAGAGAAGACUGUUACUGUAUACUAGAAGAUUGCAUGAAUAUAAGCUUUAGUAUUGCUCAUGGUAACUACUGAUUACUAUUGCCUAGAGGGACGGAGAAAGCCACUGAGACUUUUAGGGGCUGUGAGGGCUGUUCAUAUUUCCACCUUGAGAGGAAAUGAUGACUUUUGGAGACUGUUUUUGCUUGCCUUGUGUGAUCAAAAGAGGAAUGGUGAACGAUUGGCUUGCAUACAGGAGAAAAAUCAUGGCAGAGAUUGCCAUAGUGGAAUGUUACUGGAAAGCACCAAAUUCUCUUCUGUUUUUUUAUAUGCUAUAUUAGUUUUCUCACAAUGGCCAUGUUCAGAUAUCACACUAAACUAUGGUGCUUAGCACUACGUAAAUGGGCCUGUGAGCCUUGGAUUCAAACACUUCCACCUCACUUUGCUUUUCCAGUGCAGCCACAUGGAGGGGAUCAGAAGCUUUUGCUGCUGUUUGCCACCAAUCACAGCUUAGUGGAAUGUCCAAACUCAAACAAACUGUGUCUAUUCUUAACCAUGGUUUAUUGAAAGAAGUCAACUUUGGAAAUCAAACUAUAAAGCUGGUUUCAAUAUAGCAUAGUUAAGAUUAGCCACAGUUUUAAGUUUUCCAAGGUAACACUAACAUUCAAUAGCUGUAGUCUACUGAGGAGAAAGUACCGUUGGUUUAGCCACUGCCAAUGUCGUUGAGCCCUGAUAUUGAUGCCCAAGGAUAGCAUUGAGGGAUGGGGAGUCAACAGUGGCCUCUAAGGGAAAAGAGAGGGUGACUGGGCAAGAUUCCAUGAAGACCACAACAUGCUGUGUUUCCAUUGUUGUUUACCAGGCUGCAAUCUUUUCUAUUAGGUUCCCAAAGGGAAUAUUACUGAAAUAACAGCAGCAGACAAAGCAGAGGAGUUCCGUAGGUAAGAAGAAAGACAGAUGUGGGCAGUCUCUGGGUCAUUAUAGUCACUGAAGUUUUAUAUAGACUUUGGGGAAAACAGGGUCCAUUUGUUUUAUUGGGAGGCUGCGGAAAGAAGGGGUCCGACUUCCAAGGCAGGCAGUUUAAAGAAGAGCAAACCUUUAGGAGCAUAAGAGCAUCGGAAGAGCCUGCUGGCUCAACCUCACAGUGACUAGCUAGAUAACUUUGAGGAAAGCCACAAGCAGGACCUGAGCAUAAGACACUCUCUUCUCCCUCAAGUUUCAGCACCUGGCAUUCACAGGUGUGGCUGACUCCUGGAGGGAGAGCAUAGCCAUCAUGGCUAGGAGCCAUGGAUAGACUGAUCCUUCAUGAAUUUGCCUAACCUUCUUGUAAAGCCAUCCAAGAUGGUGGAUGCUACUGCCUCCUGUGGGAGGGAGUUUAACUAUGUGCUGCAUGAAGAAGUACAGUGGUAUCUUGGGUUACAUAUGCUUCAGGUUACAGACUCUGCUAACCCAGAAACAGUACCUUGGGUUAAGAACUUUGCUUCAGGAUGAGAACAGAAAUCGUGUGACAGCAGCGCAGCAGCAGCAGGAGGCCCCAUUAGCUAAAGUAGUGCUUCAGGUUAAGAACAGUUUCAGGUUAAGAACGGACCUCCGGAACGAAUUAAGUUCUUAACCCGAGGUACCACUGUACUUUCAUUUGCCUGUCCUGAAUCUUCCAACAUUUGGCUUGAUUGGAUGUCCACAAAUUGUUUCGAGAGAGGGUCCAUGUCCUGCAUAAUUUCAUGAUCAAACUGGUGCCUUGUCUUCUCCUUGUUUGUCUUGCCUGGUUUCAUACCUCUGUCUUAAACAAGCUCAGAACAAGAUCAUGCAGUUCUUGGCCUUCAGGCUUAUUCAUCACAUAGAAUACUGUGCAUGUCAUUUUGGGCAAACAAAGUGAACCCUGUAUCUAAGACCAGAUGGGUAAACUUGGCUAGGGAGUCUGCUGUGCGUGAUGUGGGGAAAGAAGAAGAAGAAGAGGAGUUUGGAUUUGAUAUCCCGCUUUAUCACUACCCUAAGGAGUCUCAAAGCGGCUAACAUUCUCCUUUCCCUUCCUCCCCCACUCUGUGAGGUGACUCAGUAUAUUUCAGUACUCCAGCUGAUACUUUUUUGGAUGAACUAAGCAGAGGGUAUAGAGCAAGCUCUGGUUUGAGAUCAUCACUAGUCCAGUUCCCAACCUUAUUUUUUGGGUGGUAAAAUAGGACCCUUCUUUAUAACACAUCAUCACACCAUUGGUCCACCUAGCGCAAUAUUGUCUAUACAGAACUGCAGGGCGUCUUCAAGUUUUUAGAGGGCAUUCCCAACCUUACCUGCAGAUGCUGGGAUUGAACCUGGGAUCUCCUGCAUGAAGAGCAUAUGCUCUACCACUGUUCUACAGCCCUUCCCCAUACUUUAGGUUUGAUGUUCAUUGUCUUGCUAGAACAACUUGAGCAAGUUUUGGCCCAAAUGGUUAAUCGAGACAAAUUGCAGGAAGACUCACCAGGCUGAUCAUGAAUGAUGAAAUCUCAAUGAAGGGCAAUGGCAGAAGAUGAAAACCUUUGCUCUCAUCCUUUGAGAGGCAGGAUGUCUCCUUUCUGUAGAAGUUCUAAAUGACCUUUGCUCAUGAAAUUUCUCUUUUUUCCAGCCAGCAAGAGAACUUUGUCGACUUGAGCUUUGCUACAAUUUCAAGUACAGGCCCAAAUGGUGCUAUAAUUCACUACAAGUAAGUAAGAGCAACAGAGUCCUUGCACUGGACACUUCACUACAUAGUUGGAAGAACCUAGAGCACCACCAUGCUAGUGUAUCGCUGCUUAGUCUACAUUAGGAAAUGUUCGCUACUGUUAACCUUCAAGUUGGCUUCUAUGACCAAAUCUUUUCUCCAGGAUCCCAUUGCACUUGGUGUGGUCCCCAUGCUAUCUGAGGCUUAACGGAACUUCAGGGAAUCACGUCAGUUGAUGUUAUUUUCCGUCUAGUGAUAUAAAGAGAGUUUGUGGUUGAAGCAGCAGAACAAUGUAUCUUGUUCCAUAACCAUCUACUGUGGAUGUCCAAAUUGUUUUCAGGCGGUUGGCUUCAUGAAGAUCGGUUGUCCCUGUUUGGCUAGCUUUCUGUUUUUUUCAAAGUUACUAAUGAGAGAGUUUGAGGGGUGGAGGGCUGAGGUUAUUUGCUGCUGCAGAAUGCAGAGACUAGAGGAUUUUCGUUUGUCCUUCUUUGCAAGUUUCUCAGGGAUUGCAUGAUGUUGAGGCUGGAAGCGGUUUUUUAAAAAAAGAAAAGAUCUUGACAUCCACUGAUUCAUUGAAAAAUUUAACCUUGUCCCAAAGUGCAGCUUUCAGUGCAAAAACUGAUAACUCUGCAGAAUUUAGCACAACCUUAGUUGAAAUAAUGGUUGAAUGAAGUGCAAAUACCUUACUUUAUCUAUAUAAAAAAAUUGAAGUGUUGGAAUAUUUCUUAGUGGCUCAUAGACCUGUCUCCUAUCAGCUGUAGAAUUUUCAAUAGAGAAUCAUGUGAUCAACAAGUAGGUGUAGAUAACAAGCUCUUCCAGCCUUUUGAUCGUCAUUGUGAAUGUGCUUCCACCACCAAAUAUUUUGAUGCUAUACAGCCUCCUAUAUAAUUUAGAAUAGUAAACAUGCUGUACAAUGCUGAAGAUGCCCUCAGACACAUGAUGCUGACCUAAAUGGGCAGUUGAUUUGAUCCAACAAUCCAUGAAAAUUUACUAAGGACAAAUACACUCGGCCCAGAAUUCAAAAUUUAAUUGUAUAAUUGAAGGAAGAACUUGUAAUUCAGUCUGUUUUCACUCGCUGGUUUCAAUGAAAAGGUGAGACAAAUCAUUUUUCUUUUCUUGAAUAGGCCUACACCUGAGACAAAUAGGACUUUAUCCAUGAAUGAAAUUUACCUCCUGGAUUCUGGGGCUCAGUACAGGUAAAUGAAGCUUAUAGGCUACUUCACAUUGGUGAACUUACACUAAAUCAAAUCCCACCUCAGAUAUAGAUUUGGUAUGGAAAAAGACACAGCCUUAUACUAUAUUUGUUUAAGAUAAACACCAUGGAGAAAAUAUGAGUCAUAGCAAUAUUAUUCUGGCAAGUUGGGGGCUGUGCAGUUGCCUUUUGCUUUCAAAUAGUGCUAUUUCACAUUCGGUAUCAUUUUUUAUUUAAGCUUAGAGUGAGUGGCUUGCUUCAGGCAACCUAGUGUGCUUGCAGAGGUGAGAUUCAAAAGCUGGGGACUUACAGAAGCGCAUAAUUUCUUAGCCACAGCAGCAUUAAGAUGAACACUAUUUUGCUCAGCAAGGAAUGGAGCGGAACUGAUCUGUGGAUGGAAAUUGCUUCUUUAGAACUGGGAUGGGGAACUUAUGGCCCUCGAGAUGUUGUUGGACUACAACUCCCAUUAUCCUUGACCAUUGGCCGUGCUGGCUGAUGGGAACUGGAGUCCCAUAGCACCUGAAGGGUCACAGGUUUUCCCUUCCUGGCUUUAGAGGCUUGGCAUUUUUGUUUUUUUGAAAUUUUAAUGGCUCCCUGAAUGGGAACUGUGUGGAUAAAACUUAUACAAUGAGAGCCUUCUUCUCAGGCAGCCUAAUUAUCGACUUCCUCGGUGCCACAUUGUGAAGCAGUCACUUGAAUAUAAUGAGUUAUGCAUCCAUGACAUUCCCUAGGCUGUGGGGCAGCAGGGCUGAACUGGCUGAUGUUGCAAAGUUAACUCGAGUGUUUUUAAAGUCAUGUGCUAGGGCAGAGUGCCUGGAGAGAGACUUUGCACAAAUCCUGCCUCCCCCGGGGGAAGUUCUCAGGGUCCUGCUUAACUCCUGUUAAUGUCAACAGAGGUUGUGGAAGAGAAGUUAUGAGUGGAUUGUGCUCUUUAUUUUCAAAAGUAUGGAUAAUUUGGGAAUUCUCAGAGAGAUACAGAUCCCUUGACUUCUUUUUCAGCACGGUACAUAUAGUUAAAUUAGAUGCUUGAGCAAAGCUCCAUGACCUGUAGGACCAUAGAGAUGAAGGAGGCUUCCUUAGUCAGUGAUCCCAACCCAUUAGAUAGAAUUUCUUGAUGAACUUGAAAACCUACUUUGCACCGGGGCCGUCUAAUGAAAUUAAGUGUGCAUUGCACUUUCUGAACUCCCAUUUUUCAGACUCUUAAGGAUUUUCCACUGUACCUGCCUUUUUCUCCCCCCCCCCCAUUUUUUAAAAAAGUGUCGCUUAACACCCAGCCUGCAGAAGAAGUUCUGGAGAACUUGAAAUAUUUGCUCACUCCUCUGGGACAGGGUAGAGGAGUUAUGCAGGGGUCCUGAUAGCUUCCAACAACCCAUGGAUCAAUAGAAAUCCUGCUUGACUGGCUUUGAAUACUUCCCCAAGCACUGCUCACAUGUUCUCCAACUCACUUUCCCUAGUGCUGUCCUUGGAAGGUUGAUUUUUGUCCCUUUGUGCUUUAUGCACAAAGCUGCAGGAUGCACAUUUUGCCCUGAUUUUUACUGGUUUGGCAGGAUUUAUUUCCCCUGUUUUUGUUGGUUUGAUGUAAGGAAGUGUGUCCUGCUUUUCUCAUCCUCUGAAACAUGCCCCACAGUACCAAAUUAUGUAUCAUUUAUGAAACAUAGCAUCCCAGAGCCUUGAGUUGCAUCCAGUGACUUCAGAUUGUAUGCUGGCAGAGCUAGCCGGGGGGAGGGGGGGAGGGAGCAGAGGUCGUUUAGUACAAUCUCUUGUGCUGGAGCCAAAUCCUUUGUACCUCAGCUUUCUGAACAGCUUGCCCUGUGCAGAGACAACAAUGCAGAUGGUUAUCCAGACUGGAAUGUUCCAUAAGCAGAGAGCAGGAGGAACCAACGGACACCAGCGCCGGGAUAGCUGGAGGGAUAACAGAAUAGAUUUGUUGGAAGAGAGUUCAUUUCCUCUGAGCUACAGUUACAGAUUCCGCUUGACAUCUCUCCAGUGGCCUUGCAGUCUGUGAAAGCUUACUUGAGCAUGCAUUAACUAGAGAAAAGUUGGGAUAGGGCUGGAGCCAGCUUCUAGAAGCUGCUCCCUUUAAAAAACAGCAUAACUAAAUAGAUUAUACUUUGAGGUGUGGCAGAAGACACCUGGAUGUCCAUUGGCUAGCUGAUACCUUGUCUCAGGAGGAUGGGAGAAACCAUCUGCUUUGGGGGUCUCUAAUUGGGAAAUCUCUUGCUAGCAGGUUUGGAAGGUCACAGCUGCCACGACCAAUUACCCGUCUUGUUAUUCCAUCCUCUGUAGGCAUACCUUGUCCUUCCCCUGCCCAGUGAACCUCUGCCCGUUGAUUGCUAUUUCUGCACUUUAGAUUCCAGUAAGAAGGAUGAGGCCCACAGAAUAUCUUGCUGUGUGAGCUGAUUGGUGGGCAGUGGUCUCCUGGCGUUUCCAUGAGGAAAUCUUGACCUGUUUCAUAGCCUAUUUUGAUGCGACUCAGCAAGACCAGCAAUGCCCAUUCUUGUUAUAGCUGAGCCUUACCCACUGCAGAACACUUGGAAGAAGCUCACAAAAUUUUGCACUAGGCUGGCUAUAGCUUAAAGUAUAUUCUUGACUUUUCCGGGAAGUGCCAUAGCUCAGUGUUAGAGCAUCUGCUUUGCCUGCUGAAGAUCCCAGCUUCCGUCCCCAGGAUAUCCAGGCAAGACAGGGAGAGACCCCUGCCUGAAAGCCUUGGGAGUUGUUGCCAGUCAGGGUAGACAUCACUGAACUAGAUGGACCAAUGCUCAGACUCGGUAUAACGCAACAGCCUAUGCCUCCACCUUUCUCUUUCGAUAGUUAGAAUAUGUUUUUCUCUUUCUCUUUUUGGAAGGGAUGGAACUACAGAUGUGACAAGGACAAUGCAUUUUGGCACCCCAACAGCUUAUGAAAAGGUAUGCAAGAAUUCGGGUUUCAUCGUUGAUUCUCCCCAAACAGGUUGCCUUAGGCAAUUUUAGAUACAAUAAGCACUGUAGGUUUGUUUGUGUGCAGAUUUCACUUACUACAAGGACCGUGAGAUGAUCAAGUAGCUCUGCUUGACACCAACCCCCCCCCCGAAAGUCAAGGGUGGCCUUAUUGUCCCUGGGCACCUGCAGCAACUCUCCUUCUUUAUGGGUCCUGGUUUCAUCCCUCCCCCCUUUGUAUCCAUUGGGAACCUUUUGGAUAUUCAGUUUUGUGGCAUUAUUUUUUCAUAAUCAAAACCACCUGAAUAUUUAUAGAAGCAGCGUUUUCUCCAAAGGGGGUGGGGUAGGGCAGAUGUUCUGGAUGCCAAUGUGUUCAAGAGCCAAUUAAAACAUCUGGGGUGUAGUCCAUAUGUAAGCUGAACAUCUAAGCUCUGACCACUGCUAGAAAUUGCCCUUUAUUUCACCCCUCCCUCCCUGUACACACACACAUCUUAGGGAGAUGAGAUAUACACUGGUCGCUUUUACUAUCAAACUGAGCUGCUGCUUCAAAUAUAUUGGCAGACCCCAGUCCAGAAUUCUUUAUGCACUUGUUCUAGGUUGCAAGUGACUCGUGGGCCAGGCCUUCCAAUGUCUUCUGUUUUGUUCAUCGUUUUCCCUUUCCUUCCAGGAGUGUUUUACCUAUGUGCUGAAGGGUCACAUAGCUGUCAGCGCAGCCAUAUUCCCCAAUGGGACCAAAGGUUGGUCAGUUUCCUUUUCCUCUUCCUCAGCUGCAGUGGCACUCAGAAUCAGAUUUGCGUUUUCUCUGUUAUCUAGUCAUCAGGCCUUCACGAGGGAAGGGUUUAACAAUGUGGAACUACAUACCUGUAUAAAAGUAACUUAGGAUGAAUAGAAUUGCCACAGACCCAGAUAAAGUAUAUAUACAAUCUAAAGAAACUUAAAACUAAAAUUGAAUAUUUCCCUAGCAAAUCACAACAAUUCCCCUUUAAAAAUGGGGUUCCUGUUAAGUAAAAUAAAAUUGACACCUGAAAUUUAAGCCUGAAUAAAAUUAUAUGGAACCUGAAUGAAAGAGUGUUAAGAAACUUAGGAACAUAGGAAGCCAUUUUCUUUCUAUGGAGUCAGACCAUUGUUCCAUUCAGUUCAGUACUGUCUGCACUGACUGGCUGGCAGCUGUCUAGGAUUCCAGGCAGAAUUUUCUCCCAGCCCCGCCUGAGGAUGUGGGGGUGGGGGUGGCCUUGGGACGCAAUGUCAAUACUCAAGCCCUGAGCUAUGGCCUCUUUCCCCUCAAUUUACAAUUCUGAAUCUCUCAGGCAAGACGCAACAUUAUCCCUUUAAAAAAAUGAAUAAAUUAUGCAGAUAAAAGGGGUAUCUGUAUUGUUCCCUCAGCAUAGUACACAAAAGGAAAGGACACGGUUAUCUACACAUCACACAAUGGUCAAUUGCUUUAUCCGAGAAACUAACUAAGAGAGUACAUGCCCCAAUGAUGUGACUGAUACGGAUGAUUUUGCUGAAAUACGGCAUCCCUUUAUAAAGUAUCCAACUGAACUCUCUGAUGACUAGCAUCCACUAUAUAUGCAUAUAGAUUUAUGGGGAAAUUUGUUGUAUGAAUUAGUUUUUGUUCUGGGUGAGUGGGAAACCAAUUGUUUGGAUAAUAUUAUGGUCAUGCUUAAAUCCUGUUUCCAAAGGUGGGUUUUUUUUUAAAAAAAAAUCAUAGUAUAUAAAAUUGUAUGCACAUCUUUUUCAACCUGCAAGUUCAGGAUAUGACUGUCAGAAAUAAGGCUGCUUGCUUUCUGCUCAGCUUGUUAAUAUAUUGUGGACCUGCAACUUCCUUUUGUGUCUUGUAGGUCACCUCCUGGACUCCUUUGCACGCUCUGCACUGUGGGACCAAGGCUUAGAUUACCUGCAUGGCACAGGACAUGGAGUUGGGGCUUUCCUAAAUGUCCAUGAAGGUCCAUGUGGCAUUAGCUACAAAACCUUUGCAGAUGAACCUCUGGAAGCUGGGAUGAUUGUUUCUGAUGGUAAUUAAUUUAUUCCCAUUGACUCAUGACUCUUGUUACAUGAACUAGUGUCUUCUGCCUCUUUGGCUUUUAAUAUAAGAAUUUAUUGUGAUCCUCUUGGCUCUCUAGGUUGUUGUUUCUGGGAAAGAAUGGGAGGGUGGCACCUCUCCAGUCCUUAAAUAUCAACAAUGAUUAUAUUAAUACGUAGCAUUUAUAUAGUGCUUGCAAGUGUCCAAAUAUAUUUGAAUCACGGACUCAUAGAAUUGUAGAGUUGGAAGGGACCACAAGAGUCAUGUGGCCCAACCUCUUGCAAUGCAGGAAUUAUUUGCCCAACGUGGGGCUCAAACUCAUGUCCCUCAGAUCAAGAGUCUCAUGCUGUACUGACUGAGCUACCAGUUUGCAUGCAUUGACCUCAAUAACCCUUACAUUCCUGCAUGGUAGCUCAGUAUUAUCAUCAUAUCAGGAGCAGCUUGCCCAGUGGGGCAUCAAACAGGCUUUUAACACCUCCUAGCCACCCCCCUCCUGGUAAGCAUCAGUAACUCCAUGAUGAAAUGAGAAAGAAACAGUUAAACAAACAAGAAAUUACCGUAUUUUUCGUUCUAUAGGACUCACAUUGCCCCCUCCAAAAAUUAAGGGGAAAUGUGUGUGUGUCCUAUAGAGCGAAUGCAGGCUGCGCUGCUAAGCCCAAAGCCAGAACAGGAAGACGGAGCACUGCGGAGGGCUCCGUCUCGCUGCUCUAGCUUGGGGACGGCUGCGCGCAAACCUCACCCCGCUGUCCUGCAGAAGCUAGCAAGGCUGUUCCCAAGCCAGAACAGCGAGACGGAGGGCUCCGUCUCACUGCUCUAGCUUGGGGACGGCUGCACGCAAACCUCUGCAGGGCAGCGGGGUGCCUUCACCCUGCUGUCCUGCAGAGGCUAGCAAGGCUGUUCCCAAGCCAGAACAGCGAGACGGAGGGCUCCGUUUCGCUGCUCUAGCUUGGGGACGGCAGCGUUCAAACCUGUGCAGGGCAGCGGGGCGCUGCGCUCCAAAGGUUCAGGGAUCUUUGAGGCUGGCGGUGGGGGAAAGCAGCGCUUCCCCCCACCGCCAGCCCCACAAGCUCUGGUGAAUGUACCUUGAAUGCACCUUGUUUUAGAGGGGGAGAACAAGAAAAUUUUUUUUCCCCUGUUCUCCCCCUCCUAUGAUCCAGUGCGUCCUAUGGUCCAGUGCGUCCAAUGGAGCGAAAAAUACGGUAGACCCGCUUUGAGGAGGAAGGAAGUCUAUUAGAAUAGAAUAACAAUCGAAAAUUGAAAGUAGGGUAACAUAAGUCUGUGUGUAAGAGCUUUCAGAUUUAUGGUUAUUUGUUUGUCAUUUGUUUUGUGUUUUAUUUUUUGUUUGUUUCUUAAGUAUCAUGUUUUUAUGUGUUGUAAUAAAAAGUUAAUAAAAAGCAUAAUAAAAUAAAGUAAAGUAACUCCAUCUCCAGGAAGCUGCUGCUCUGAACUACUCUUGCAUCAUUUUAUAGAUGAGAGCCUGAGAAAUGGUGCCUGAGCUCACCUAGCAAUGACUGAGAUUUGAGGCAGGGUUGUCCCUUAGCUGUUAUGGCAGCAAUUUGUCAGCCCAGGAUGUAUGCAUUAAGGUCUGAUUUUACUGGCACAAGCAUUCAGUAGAUUUGGUGCACAUUAUCUCUUGUCUGCCAUGUGAAUUUUGUGGGGUUUUCAGGCAAUAUUGCUGUUCAAUGGCUUUGGUUCUGCUCCUGCAUAAAAAAAUCAUCCAUCCUGGUUUCCUUUAUUACGGUGCUGGUAUUUUCACCCCCAAGUGCUGCCUCACCAAUGCAGCCUCUGUGACCAAGCCAUAGAAGAAGCCUUUACUGCUUUUCUCUACGAAAGGUGUAGAUGUGUCUUUGGGUGUGAUAUGGAAGAUUCUUUGAACUCCAAAAUCUUCAGGUUGCUUGAACAGGAAAGCUGGGCCUUACUCCCAAGGUUGUUAGGGGGUUUGCCCUUUGGGGAAAAUUUUUCUAACAGUGUUCCUGGCUAACUUUGUCUCUGCAGAGCCUGGUUAUUAUGAGGCUGAUGCUUUUGGGAUCCGAAUAGAAAACGUUGUCAUUGUCGUUCCUGUUAAAACCAAGGUGAGAAGUUCCUUUGCAUGUCUGAGAGGAGCGAUGCCUCCUUACUGUGACUUGUGAGCACAAUGUCUUUCCAAUGGGGAGUGAACCUGCCUUCCAAAUGCCAUCAUGGUCCAUCGUCCCUUACAACUGGCCAUGCUGGCUGGGCUGAUGGCAGUUGGAGUCCUCCAGCAUCUCAAGGGCUACAGGUUCCCCACCAAUGAUUUCAAAGCCACAGCUUUUCCAUCUUUGCACUGCUUGGUUGUUUCUGCCGUCCUGGAAGCUGAAACAUAACUUUGGAAAGUAUCCUUAAUCUUCUAUUAACUUUCCUAGUUGCUGAUGAAAGGGAGUUUUUAUGUAGGAAUGAGAAACGUAAGAGAACAUUGGGUUGAAACAUGGUAUUUGGCACAAGAUGGCCAACCUUCACAUUAGGACCUUCAGUGGUGUUCAAACUUUUUUCAAAGAGGGCCAGAUUUGAUGAACUGAAGGGCUGAGAGGGCCGACCAAAGGACCAACCUUUUUUUAGGAUUGAAGUUGUUGAGGUUUUUUUAAGGAUUUUACCCAGGAAAUAAACUGCCACAGGGGCCAGAUUAAACCAUUUUUAUAAAGGUGGUGAGAAUAAAUCUAAAUGCAGUUUUAUGCACCAGGGACAGUUCUCCAGAGGAAUGGAUGACAUGUCUGGAUUUGCUUAGUUGAACUCUCUCAGAAUAUACCCUUAAUGCCACCGUUCUCCAGUUUUCUGUCAUCUCAUGAGAGGUGGAGGACACCAGAAUGGGGAAGGCUGCAUUAUGGGAAAUCUGUGAUGGUGAGAGGGGCACUUUUACUCAGCUAGAAGCUUUCUCCAAUGACUAGGAUAUUUUACCUCCAUAGUAUAACUUCAGCAACAGAGGGAGUUUGACGUUUGAGCCUUUGACCCUGGUUCCCAUUCAAACCAAAAUGAUAGACGUUGAUUUGCUAACUCCAAAAGAGGUAAGGAAAAUAAUAACUGUGUUGUAAAAUUUGAGACUUUUACUGUGAGGACUUGAAAUGCUUGGUUUUCUUCCCCCUCAUUUCCAGACAGACCAAGUCUUGAUGAAAACCUCCAUCUUAGUACUUAGCUGUCUUAGUUUUUACAGCCAAACCUGUCGUGGUCUAUUGCCAAACUUGACAGGAUGAUAAUACAAGUGGCACCGUGGUUAUUUUGGGGAUAGAAGGUGGGGAGAGGAACUCCCAGAUUUGCAAGUAUUUCAGAAACUGAGUAUAUGUCAGGUGAAAUUCCGGGGCAUUUUGCCAUUGAGGUUGUUCUGUAGUGAUGCAUUCAUAUGUAUCUUAUACUUGCCAUGAAAUCAAGAGCUGAAAUUUAAAGACAAAACAGAAACAUGCUUGCUGGUACUCUUCCUGCCCAGCUUUUCUCUGCGCAUCAUGAUAGAGGGCAUGGCUAGCUGCCUGGAACACUGAACCUUCCACGCUGCAGCAUUUUGUUGCGGGUUCAGCUUGCCCUCACAAUUGCCGUUGACCUCCAUCCCUCCAAAAGUGAUGCACAAGGGACUAUUGUAUUCAGCGGCACUUCCCCAUAGACAUCAGUACACAAAGGGAUGCUCUUCACUUUAACUUUUUAGACAUAUAUAAUCCCUUUCCCCCUUGCAAGUAGCAUUCACAGUGGCUGGAGAUCAAGGUGCUCUCCUUUCUCUUUAGUGCGACUGGGUGAACGAGUACCACAGAAAAUGCCGAGAGGUGGUCGGGGCAGAGCUCGAGCGACAAGGACGGCAAGAAGCUCUCCGGUGGCUUAUUAGGGAAACGGAGCCCAUCUCCAAGAUGCACUAA